AUGGCUAUCACUGCCGCUGUCUCCGCGCUGGCAUACAACGUCUCUGUCUCCGCGCUGACCAAUAACGACUCUGAAGCGAUGGCUGUCACUGCUGCUGUAUCCGCGCUGACCAAUAACGACUCUGAAGCGAUGACUGUCUACACCACGGCCUUUGCGCUGCCGUUAGAUUACUCUGACGACUACGGCUCCGGCGACUACUACCUGACCCUGAUGCCGCCGGACGACUCUGGCGAGUGGUUGGACCGGGCGGUGUCCGUGCUCUACUUCCUGGUGUUUCUGGUGGGUUUCCUGGGCAACGUGUUUGUGCUGGCGGUGCUUGGGUGGUCGAGGGGAGCGGGGGGGCGUCUCGUGGACACCUUCGUCCGGCACCUGGCGGUGGCCGACCUGGUGUUUGUGGCGACGCUGCCGCUGUGGGCGGUCUCGGCGUCCGUGCAGUACCGCUGGGACUUCGGCGAGCCGCUGUGCCAGCUGAGCAGCUUCGUGGUGGCCGUUAACCGCUUCUCCAACGUGGCGUUUCUGGCCUGCAUGAGCGCUGACCGCUACCUGGCGGUGGUGAGGCGGCUGGACUCGCGGCUGCUGCGCAGCAACGGCUGCGUGCGCUUCACGUGCGCGCUCGUCUGGACGCUGGCGCUGACCCUAGGGGCGCCCGCGCUCGUCUUCCGCCGCCUGGACGCACGGGGCCUCUGUGUGGACCCGGAGCACUCGAGUGCGUUCCAGGCGUACAGCCUGCUGAUGGUGCUGCUGGCCUUCGCACUGCCCGUCGGGGUCAUCGUGCUGUGCUACGGCGCCAUCUGCCUGCACCUGCAGCGCCACUGCGCGCUGACCGCCCACCCCCGUGCCCAGGCCCGCCGACGCCACACGCUGAAGAUCGUCCUGGCCAUCGUCACGGCGUUCGUGGCAUCCUGGCUGCCCUUCAGCGUGUGCCGGGCGCUGCUGGCGGUGGUCAGGUUGACGGGGGCAGAGAUGGACGCUGUGCGGCAGGCCGAUCUGGGCCGGGCACUGCUGCUCUCGUCCUGCCUGGCGUUCGUCAACAGCUGCGCCAACCCGGCCAUCUACCUGCUGCUGGACCGCCACUUCAGACGCCGCGCCGCACGCCUCGUCUGCGGUCGCCAUGGCAACAGCCACGCCCACGACUCGCUCUCAUCACCCACCGGGGAGAGCCUCUCCGGCUCCACACACACACGCAGCCGCCUGACCUCCCUAAACCUGAAGACCUGAGAGGACAACGCACACACGCGCACACACACACACGCACGCAAACAAACCCAACACUCACACAGCCCUCUGCCUGAAACAAGGAACUCACACAUUUACUACAGAGAUGAGUGGUGAUCACACACAAAGGAACUACACACACACACACAAAGAACUCAGAAUUACACACUGUAGUCCUGGAU